AAGUCGCCAAGUUGCUCCUGAAGGCAAAAGCUGAUCCAAACGCUGAAUCUCGGAAUGGCUUUACUCCCCUCCAUCUUGCAGCACAAGAUGGGAGCGUUGAAAUGGUCCGCUUGCUUCUCGAUAACAAGGCAAAAGUCAAUGCUAGAGCUAAGAAUGGCCUUACUCCGAUGCAUUUAGCUGCCCAAGAAGACAGCGUAAAGGCGGCGGAGGUUCUCUAUGCUGCAGGUGCUCUGUUGGAUCCAACCACAAAAGCCGGUUAUACUCCUCUACACACAGCUUGUCACUUUGCUCAAUUGAACAUGAUCAAGUUCCUCAUCUCGAAGGGGUGCAAUGUGAACGCACGCACUGGAAUGGGCUCCAGCACCUUGCAUUUGGCGGCUCAACAAGGUCAUCCCCAAGUCAUUUACACUCUAUUGGAGAGUGGAGCCGACCCCAAUCUCAAAAACAAAGUAUGUUUUUUUGCUUGUGAAAUUAUUUGA